GGACCAUCCGAGCUGCUCUCAUGGACAGUUCACAGUUGACUCCUCAAAUGCACCAACACGAAGACGGCAAAACCCCCACCUGCUCCUAGGCACCUUCCUUCCGUCUCGUUGUACAUCCAGAGUGGGCGAGCGGCUGCGGAGGUGGCGAGUUGCAUCCCGCAUCGGAUCGAAUUCUCCUUCCCCCUGUUCGUUCGAUUUGGUUGUUUCUCUUCUUCUGCAGAGAGCGCGAUCGGCCGGUUGAUCCCAGUUCAAAGAUUUCGUGGCUGAUCGAGGAGGAUUCUGUAGGUAGCUCCGAUCAUGGAUGACGAGGGAGCAUCCACUUCUUCUGCUUCAGAUUCCGAAACGCAGCAUCACGAAUCCGCAGCUGCUGAGCAUGGACUGGAGAGCGUCAAGCGAAAACUCUGCAGAUUAGUUGCAUCAUCUCUUUCUGUAACUGUACCUGGCCUGGAUGUGGAGCCAAUGCUUGAGGUAUCUAAACCAGGGUUUGGUGAUUAUCAGUGUAACAAUGCAUUGAGUUUAUUUUCAAGUUUACGAGGAACGGGUACAAACUUCCAAAAUCCCAGAUCAAUUGGACAGACAAUUUUGAAUAAUCUGCCUUCUUCGGACAUUGUUGAGUCCACCUCCGUUGCUGGCCCCGGAUAUGUUAACAUAGUCAUAUCCAGUGAUUGGAUUGCAAAGAUGAUACAAGACAUGCUUAUCUAUGGCAUCAAAACAUGGGCGCCAACCAUGCCAGUUAAUAGGGUAAUCGUUGACUUUUCAUCCCCUAACAUCGCAAAGGAGAUGCACGUUGGGCAUAUAAGAUCAACCAUAAUUGGAGAUGCACUAGCACGCAUGUUGGAAUUUGCAAAUGUUGAAGUUCUUCGACGCAACCAUGUGGGAGACUGGGGCACACAGUUCGGCAUGCUGAUAGAAUUUUUGUUUGAGCAAUUCCCAAAUUGGAAGGAAGUUGGCAAUCAGGCAAUUGAAGAUCUUCAGAGCUUCUACAAAGCAUCUAAGAUAAAGUUUGAUGAUGAGAGCAGUGGUUUUAAGGCUAAAGCUAAGCAAGCAGUAGUUCGGCUGCAGCAAGGGGAAGACAGAUAUCGAGCUGCAUGGGAAAAAAUAUGUCAAAUCAGUCACAAUGAAUUUGACUCGGUGUACAAACGCCUCGGUGUGGAGCUUGAAGAAAAGGGAGAGAGCUUUUACAAUCCUUACAUCCCGCCAGUUUUGGAGGAAUUAACAAAUAAAGGCUUGAUUACGAAAAGUGAAGGUGCUCAAGUAAUAUCCAUUGCAGGCCAAAAAUCCCCAUUGAUUGUGGUCAAACGUGAUGGUGGCUUCAACUAUGCCUCCACAGACUUGGCUGCUCUUUGGUAUCGGCUUAAUGUGGAGAGGGCAGAAUGGAUAGUAUAUGUAACAGACGUAGGUCAGAAGCAACACUUCCAUAAGUUUUUCAGUGCUGCUAGCAUGGCUGGCUGGCUCCCAGAUCAAAACGAAAAGGAGUACCCCAAAACGACCCACGUUGGCUUUGGCCUUGUUCUUGGGUUAGAUGGCAAGCGUUUCCGAACUCGCUGCUCUGAAGUAGUUCGACUGGUAGAUCUACUUGACGAAGCUAAAUCUCGGUGCAAAGAAGAACUUAUUGGACGCCUUACUGAAAAUGGUAAAAUUGCUGACUGGACAGUUGAUGAGCUGGACACAACUUCGGAGGCUAUAGGACUGGGCGCUGUUAAGUAUGCAGAUCUUAAAAACAACCGGUUAACGGACUACACAUUUAGUUUCGAUAAGAUGUUAAGUGACAAGGGAAAUACAGCUGUCUACCUUCAGUAUGCGCAUGCUCGUAUCUGUUCCAUUAUCCGGAAAGCCAACAAGGAUAUUGAAGAGUUGAAAACGAAGGCGUCCAUUACCUUUGUCCACGCUGAUGAGCGUGCCUUAGGAUUACAUGUAAUACGGUUCCAAGAGGUUGUCGAGCAGGCCUGCGCUGAUCUGCUUCCACAUUAUUUGUGCGACUACCUGUACAGCUUAUCUGAAGCAUUCUCAAAGUUCUACGCCAGCUGCCAGGUGGUUGGGUCACCUGAAGAAGCGAGCCGUCUGUUGCUUUGCCACGCGACGGCCGUCGUCAUGCGGCAGUGUUUCAACCUGCUGGGCAUCACACCAGUAUACAAGCUGUAAUACAUCACCUUGUUGCUGUUGUUGUUGGUCCUGCAGCAUAGCCUCUCAACAAAAAGAAUUGGGAAGUUUAAUGAAAAAAAUAGGAAGUUUAAUAAUAAUAAAAAAGAAUGUAAAGCGUUCCCUAAAAAAUAAAUCGCAAAGCUAGUUUACAAAUUACGUGCUACAGUGCUCGAUGUAAAUAUAGAUUCCUUUUUUACUCUGUGUGCUCCAUACGUGCUACAGUGCUCGAUGUAAAUAUAGAUUCCUUUUUUCCUCUGUGUGCCCCA